AUGGAUUCUGAUUCUCAGUGGUCUGAUUUUUAUGAUUUAUUAUUACAAGAGGAUGACCAAGUGAAAGAAACGGAUGAUGAAUGGACAUCUAUUAAGAAAACAUCCAAAGGACAAAUUGAGUUUCAGCAAUGUUCUACUAUGGAUGACCCUCCUAAGGAUGUUGAAUUUGAUAGUUUUGUAUCUCAGUUACUAACUCAAGUGAAUCAAUGUGAAAAAGAAUCGAAUCAGUCUACAUGGCAACAUAUGGAUCACAAGAAGACUUGUUGUGAUGCCACAAACUCUACACAACGUAUUACCGUCACUACAAAAACUUUAUCCAAUGUUCCUACUACAUCCAUCACUACCACUACAAUGACUACGAAUAGAGAACAAUCCAUGGAUCGUAUGCCUGGUACAUUUGAUACAUCUAUUGGUCAUCAUCAUUGUCAUCCAUGUACCAAUCAAUGUACCAUCGAUAAAAAGAAAGUAUCUUCAUCUCGACUCUUUGAUAUUCAUACUUGGGUCAUGAUUCUUGUUCUUAUUGCCCAUCUUUUCGUUUUAUUCUGGCGCCCGUCAUAG